AUGGUAUUGUUUGUCGGGUUUGCGGUCGUAUUUGGCGACAACACCGGCGCCGACAAUACAGACAACGAUCAGACGGUUAGCGUACGGAUUAAGAACGGGAUUAUCAACGGAUUACGUGAGACAACAGUCGACGGCCGAGAGCUGAACGUCUAUCGAGGCAUCCCUUACGCGGAACCACCGGUCGGUGAUCUUCGGUUCCGCAAACCGUUGCCGCGGAACCAGUGGUCGGAACCGUUGAAUGCGUUCAACUACUCGAAGGCCUGCUAUCAGAGCAUUGGGUUUGUAAAGUCGCAGCAGAACUGGUCGGACGACGACUUUGGCGAAGACUGUCUGUAUUUGAACAUCUGGUCGCCGGUGACCGCCGAUGACGAGUCGCCCAAAGCGGUCAUGUUUUGGAUACACGGCGGCGCUCUUAUGGUGGGCAGCGCUCACGAGAACCACUACGAGGGACACGUGUUGUCCGGGUUGGGAGACGUGGUGUUUGUGUCCGUUAAUUAUCGCGUUUUUGGUUUCCUAUACUCGGGUACACCGGAAGCGCCGGGAAAUAUGGGUCUCUGGGACCAGGCGUUGGCGCUCGAGUGGGUGAACGACAAUAUCCGUUACUUCGGCGGCGAUCCCGAGCGGAUCACAAUCUUCGGCGAGAGCGCGGGCUCGUGGGCCGCGAGUCUUCACGUGUUGUCGCCGGUGUCGCGACACCUGUUCCACAACGCGAUCCUCAGCUCCGGUGCCUAUACUAACAAUUUGAUUGACGCGCCGAACGACGCCUACAUAGAGAUGUGGCUUUUGGGCGCAGAGCUGUCCGGUUGUGGCACUAAUGAGACCCAAUUCACCGAAGAGGUGAUGCAAUGUAUGCGGGCUCUGGAUGUGGACAAACUGGCCGACAUCGUCAGUAUGCCUCAACUCAACUCACGCGAGAUUAGCCUAUUCUUCGUGGUUGUGGUCGACGGCGAGUUUUUGCCCAAAAUGCCGGCUGAAAUGUUAGCCGACGGCGACUACAAGCGAAACGUCAAUCUAAUGGUCAGCAAUGUUGAAGACGAGGGAAGUUUUAUACUGCAAAUGAUGUAUCGGUUCCGCUAUUUUCACGCCACAAAUCCCUAUAACUAUACGUACGCCGAGGCGGUGGACGAGUUGACACUGAUUGCGCCCAAACUGUCGAUCGCCUACGAGAUCAACGGCGAAGAAGUGGCCAAACUAUACUACACGGGUCUCUCCGAUGCCAACGAUUAUCAUCUGUUGCGGCGGACAAUGGGUAUAGCGGUCGGCGACUAUUACUUUACGUGUCCGACCGUCGAGUUUGCGCAUCAGGUGUUCAGACACAGCGACUUCAAAGCCAAUGUCUAUCAGUAUGUGUUCAAUAGUAAACUGCGGGACAACUUCUUGUGCUCCAAAUGGAUGGGCGUCUGUCACGGCAACGACUUGGCGCCUAUGUUUGGCCGCCCACUCGCCGAUACUGACCAGUACUCCGACCGUGAGGUACAGAUAUCCAGACAAAUGGUCGACUUCUUAACAGAAUUCGCUAAAACAGGUGCCCCAUCGGCCCAAAACGGGACCCAUUGGCAGAAGUAUUUUGCCAUCGAUGACAAUAUCGUCGCUCCGUUUUAUGAGAUCACUAUUGAGCCGAAAGCGGUGACCAAUUUCGGGGUCGGAUUCAAAAUGCAUGAAUGCCAGCAUUUGUGGAGAAAAUAUCUCAUUUCUUAA